GCAAAAGUCAGAAUGGAACUUCUUCGCGUAGUCCUGCUUUGCACCUUUUUCUGCUCUGCGCAGGUUUGGUCAUUCCCAAUAAACUGCGCCUUUAGUAAGGCUUUAAUGAAGGGAUCCUAUGCACUUUUAGAGACUGCGGGAGGCCUUUUCCCUAUGCAGUGCCUGGAGGAAAAGGUUGCCAUUCCUUUCCCGAAAAAUGCGUUCAAGUCUGAAAACAAGGAUGAGGUUACUGGUGUAGAAAAAGCUGUUUACCAGACACUUGAGAAUAUUAACGCACUGUUUGAGAACUCCAGUGAUCCAGACAAGUUGGAUGAAGAAAAGUGGGAUGAUUUUCGAGGCCUUGUACACCGGCAGAUUGUGGAGAGCAAAUGCAUCAUGAACAAGUCUGAAGCGGCACAGGAUUUCUCCAGCAGAGAAGCUUCACUCAAGGUUUACUUCGAGACUAUAUCCUCAACUCUGAAAGACAAGGAUUUCAGUUACUGCGCAUGGGAAAUUGUCAGAAAUGAGAUUCUCCGCACCCUGAAGUUCAUACUGGACGACACCAUGUUAUUCAAGUCUUGAGAAUUCUAAAUGCUCCCUUGUAUUUAUUUAUUUAUUUAUUUAUUUAUUUAUUUAUUUAUUUAUUUAUUCUCUGUGUUUUAUUUAUUUAUACACCUCUGCUAGAGGUGUAUUCUUUUUCUAAUCACUGUAAAGGAAAUAACUCACUUUCACUUUUAAAUUGCAUCACAUUACCAUUUCCAUU